CCGGCGGGACCGGGCGAGCGGAUGGCCGGGCCGGCGGGGAGGAGCCGAGACGGUUCGGAAGCCGGGAUGUCGGCGGCCGCGAGCGACUGAGCGUCUGAGCGACUCGGGCCGAGUCCGCCGAGGGAGAGACGGAGCCGCGCUCUCCCGCGUUGCCAGCCGCAGCCGGGGAGCCGGCGCUCCGGCCGCGAUUUGAAGCGCGGCGGCGACGGAUCGCUGCCCGCCUCGCUCCCUCCCCUUCGACCCCUCUUUAAACCCGAGCCGGCCGGCCGGACGAUGCCCGCGCCGAGCGGCUGAGGAAGAAGAGACGGGUCACCCCUCGGCGCCGGGAGAGCCCCGCUUCCGCACGGGAGGUGUCCGCCCGCUGAACUUUCUGUCCUGCGGGGCCGGGCUGGAUUCACCGAGCCGAAAGCCAUCGCUCCCGCGCCUCCCGGCCGGCCGGACCCAUAGACAUUAACGGAACGGCCGCAGCCGCCGAGUCCCCCCGGGUUCGCUCCUCCGUGGCGAGGGCGGCGGGACGUCUGCGCGGGCGGGAGGGAGGAAGGCUGCGCUUCUCCUCGCCGCGUCUCCUCCGCAGGGGAGGGGAGGCCGACGAGCCCCCGGGGCACGACUUGGGAGCGCUCCGGGCGUCCGUCCGCAGCGUGGAUGUGAGCCGCGCGAGAGGGGAUGCUCCAGGCUGCCUCUGCCCAGUGACGGCCGGCGGCUGCUCCGGGGCUUCGGCGUGGCCUCGCGGUCAAGGGCUUUGCCUGUGGUGAAGAUGUCCAUGGUGUUCCCGUGAAGCUGAGGUAUGGCUGCUGGAAGGUUGCUGCUGUAUGCUGGCCUCUCUUUAGCUUUGUGUGCCCUGGGCAUGCUGGCUGUGGCGAUCUGCUCUGACCACUGGUACGAAACUGAUGCCCGGAAGCACAGGGAGAGGUGCAAAAGCAUCACCACUAAGAGAAAUGAUCCUGGCUUUAUUUACAACUCCAACAACAACCUGCCUCUCAGGGCCAGCAGGUCGAGGUUGGACCGCUGGGAAGGGAAACUCCUCUUGGCAAGGAACAGGAGGCAGAUCUUUGCCAUGAGUGCGGUCGACGAGUGCAACAGACAGUACAACUCAACCAACAUGGGGCUCUGGAGGAAAUGCCACCGACAAGGAUUCGACCAAGAGCUGGAGGAGCUGAUUGCCAAAGGAGCAAUUGAGCGGUGCUCAUACAUCAAGUACCACUACUCCUCAGCGACCAUUCCCAAGAACCUCACCUACAACAUCACCAAGACAAUCCGCCAGGAUGAGUGGCACGCCUUGCAUCUGCGCAGGAUGACAGCUGGCUUCAUGGGCAUGGCUGUGGCCAUCAUCCUCUUCGGAUGGAUUAUCGGGGUGCUGGGGUGCUGUUGGGAUCGAGGCCUUAUGCAAUAUGUGGCGGGGCUUCUCUUCCUCAUGGGAGAAAGAGAAAAAUGUAAACCAUUGCAAUGUGAUUGUCCACUACACCAUCCAUGCUGUGUUUGUGGCCCAAGACUGAGGCGACUGCAGAAGCGUGAAGAAAGCCGUCAGGUCUGAGACAGUGCGUCUCCUCUGGUGGAUUUCUGGAUGGUUUUGGUUUUCGUGGAGCAUCCGAGAGCUCAGAAUGGAGCCAAGGGAAGACUGACCAGGGAGAAGGGAGGUGGGGGGAGCCCUGGCAGUUGUUCCUCCUGAGUAUUUACUGGAUUGGGAUUACACUGAGUUUUUGGAUGUUUGAGAAAACUGGGCAAAAGCCAUUACUGAAGAGAAAAAGGGAGAAAAUUUUUGUAAGAGAGAAGUAAGAGAAGCCUCUUGUUGUGUUCAUGUAUGCCAAAUAAGAACUUCACACAUCUUGUCUUUGGAACCUGCCCCAGGUCACUGGACAUCUCCACUCUCCAUCUGAGAGAACUGUGGAAAAGAAAGGGUCAGAUGCAGAGAAUGGAGAUCCAUUUCCCAUGAGCUCAAGCGUUGUAUGAUAUAAUUGUGAAUCUUCAAGUGGGAUUCUCUCUCUCUUUUGGUCUUUCUCUUUUUCCUGCUACUCUUCUUCCCGUUACCCCCUUCUCCCUUCACUCCUCUCUCCCCAUCGUUCGGGUCAUAGAUCCCAGAAGAGCUAACAGAACAGAUGGGGAUGUAUACCUUUGAAGGAAGCAGAGCAUUUUGGCUGUGAAGACAGCAGCUGCUCGCAGGGGAACAGUGGCUGAGGGGAAGGUGAGGUGAAAGGCUAAGGCUGUAACUAAAGGGAGCUGGAAGAGGCAACUGCCAAAUGGCCCUGUUCAGGAAGUGAUGGCACCACCGAUAAAUAGCAGGCAAAGGGAAACAGGGCAGGGAAAAAAAGUCCCCCACAAAACAAGCCAAUCCAACAUGCUCUUAAUUCAAGGGUAAUUACAUCAGUCUUUUAUUACACCCAAUAUCUGCAUGUCAUCAGCUCCCAUUUGACGAUAAAAAUCAUCUAGCUGCGCCUGACCUGGGGCUCACAGCUCAAGAAAAUGUGGAGCUGUUGGAGCAAGCCCAGAGGAGGGCCACAAAGAUGAUCAGUGGGAUGGAGCACUUCUCCUGUGAAGACAGACUGAGGGUGUUGGACUUGUUUCACUUGGAGAAGAGAAGGCUCUGGAAAGGCCUCAUUGUGGCCUUCCGAUACUUGAAGGGAGCUUUUAAAUAGGAGGAGGACUGACUUUUUACACAGUCUGAUAGUGAUAGGACAGGGCGGAAUGGCUUUAUACCAAAAGAGGGGAGGUUUAGGGAAAAGUUCUUUACUCAGAGGAUGGUGAGGUGCUGGAACAGGCUGCCCAGAGAGGUUGUGGAUGAAGCAUUCAAGGCCAGUUUGGAUGGAGGCUCUGGGUGACAACCCUACCCACGGCAGAGGGUUGGAACUGGACGGGAUUUAGGAUCCUUACCAACGUAAGCCGGUCUGUGAUUCUGUGAUCUCCUGAAUCUAUGAAAUCUCAAAAGGAUAAGGAGGCAAUCUGCUGAAAUGAUGCCUGCACAGAAAUAAAGGCAUUAACUCCAGAUUAUGCUAUUUACAUGGCUGUCAGGAAGCAGCAUUUUGACUUGUUAAAAAAAAAAAUCCAACCAAGAAAUAAUUUUUAUGCAAUGCAAUUGCAUAGCCAGCCAUUCCCCUUCCAGAUCUGCUUUCCCUCCCUGUUACACCUUGUGUGAUGAUGUUCCUUUUUGUUAACAGUGUCCAAAGAAAUAAAGUUUCUGAAGGCUAUUUUGGAGUAGGGUAGAUUUGGUUUUCUUUCACUCUUGCUCAGCUACUUAGCAUUUAUGUUCUUUGGUUUUACAAAUUCCCAAAACAUGCCAAUGUCAGCUGCCAAGUCAAUGCGUUGCCACUGAAAUGCCAUCCCUGGCAAGUGAAGUUUUGUCAUUUCAUUCUCCAUUAGAUCUGACUGGAGAAAGUAAGUAUUUAUUGAUUCAUGUUGAAAAUAGAAACCUUUUGAAGAAACUUGCUUUUUAAGUAGAUUGGAUUUUUUUUCCUCUGGCAAUGUUUUCAAGCAGAGUGUUCUGAAAAGCUUUGAAACUGUUUAAAUGUGCAGGUGCUUACUAGAUGAGGAGGCUGAUGAGUUACCACUGGACAGAAGGAAAUUAAAAAUAAAAACAAUUCUUGGAAAGCUAAAUUGAAACCGAAAGCAUAAAACCAACAACUGAAAACUAAAAGAGACCUUUAAAAAUGUGAAAAAAUUCAUGCUAUGAAAGAUUUUGAGAAAAAGCAACUUCUCAUAAAGGUGUUAAUGCUUUACGAAACUGGUACUUGUGUCAUUAAAACAUCUUUGAACACAAACUUUCUUCUUCCUCUGCAGUUCUGAGUGUGAUAGGGAAACUCUUUCAUGUGAAUAGAGGUAUCUGGAGUGACCUCACUAGACCGAAAGUCAGAGAGGUUUCUAGCUGGCAUCUGCCAUUGGGUGCUGUGACGUGGAAAGCAGUAUGACAGCUCCUGUGGUGGUGUAUGCCUUGUGUGAGCCGUGACAAUUCACAAAGUGUAUGCUUUUCAGGUGGAGUUUUGAAGGAGCUAUAGCAGUAAGAUUGAAAGAAAUUGAAGUCAUUUUGCCAUUUCAUGGACUCUCAACUCUUCUCUCUGCAGCAGGCAUGAAAAUAGAUCUGCCUUGAUGAAGUACUCUCUGAAGGUGUUGGUUGGUUUACAAGCUGUAUAUGAGCUGAGUGCUGGCCUGUGUUUGGUGAUUGUGGGAGAGGGUUACACUCAUUUUGCUUUAUAGCAGAGAAGUGUUAACCCUGGAUCUUAUCUUUAGGCCUGAUUUGUGAUUUUCCACUCAUUAUAGCACAGCCUCUCAGGCCUGUAUGAGCAUGUGUGUUAAAAGUGUGGGUGUAAGUGCUUGAAGCAGCAGGUGAAUACAGAACUUUAAUGUCAGACUGGAUCCUAAAGGACCACCUGUCCAGGCAAAAAUUUUGGUGCGCGUCUUUGACUGAAACAGGGGCAAAAGCCCUUAGGAUCUUUUGAAUUUCUCUCUGUGCUGCUCACAGCCUCAGGAGGAGCCCCAAAGGGCCGUGAGCAGUGUGAGGUGGGCCGAGAGCCUUAGCUUAGUCCCGCGCUCAUCUCCAGAGCAGGGCUGACCCAAGAUACAUCUGGAGACAGAUCUGUGAUGGUUAGUGACUAUGUACAUCCAGAGCCAAAGCGCAUUCCCACCUACUCCAACUUUCUGCUUUUUUGGGAGGCUUUGAAAUUUCUUUCUGACCUGAGAUUCAAGCUUUCCAACUAGUGUCUGGUUUACUAGACUGAGCAGUAGUCAAAAAUCUGUCACAUGUGCUCCCCACGUUAAGGGUCUUGGCUCUGUCUCUCAGUCUGCUCCAGGGAAAUGUUCAAGCACAUACUUUACUUCUGACAUGUGACUGAUUCCAUUGCCUUUGGUAGACUAUUCACAUGCUUCAAGUUAAGAAUGUGCUUUUCUGGGUGAUGUUCAGCUUCCUUCUGAGUCCAGCCCGUGUUCUUUUGCUAUCCUGUCCUUGUAGAUAAUGUGACACCCUUGUCCUAGCCUGAUGCAGGUGCUUGUGCUCCCUCUCUUUUACAGGAAGCCGUUCCCAGGGAAGUGGGGUGAAUUGCCCCAGCGCAAGUGGUGUGUAGGCUGAGGCUUUUUUUUACAGUGAGCCUCCAGUUCUUGUACAGUGAGGUUCUGUGAUGGCAGUGAGUUAGUUGCAAUGGCUUCUACUUCUAUCCCUGCCAGGGCACUGUGUGGGAGCCCUGCAAGGGAAUAUAUUGUGGGAAUCUAUGUGCUACGUAUCUUAUGGACUCUUAGGACACCGUCUUCAAGCUAAAGCUGUUCGCAUGUUAAAACUCCUGACUCAUAGUGGCCACCUGUAUAUAUCAUCUCUCCUUUCUCCCUUUCUGCUAACACAGAUCUUCCCUGAUCUGAAUAGUACGGUCCCUCAAGUCAUAUUUCUAGUUGGGCUUUUAUUUCGUUUGCUCUACCCCAGGGACAGUCACAAGUGGAUCUGAAGCCACCAGUGACCAGGGCAAUUUCUUUUAAAAAACCGUCACUACUUUAGAAAAUGUUAUUUCAGCUACAGUAAGAAAUGAAGAGAAGAAAAACAAAACAAAGCAAAAUAAAUUACAAAACAAACAAACAAACAAAACCCUCAGAGUCCACUCCUCUAACCCAGAGGAUCCUGUCCUCCCAGGAGAGACCCAUGAGAGUGCAGGUAUUCUGCUUUCCUGUGGACACAAGUCAUUUGGGAGCACUUUUAGCCGUAGCAUGCUAGCUGUGCACUUCAUCAGACGAUCAGCAAAACAGCAUUGGGAAGGGAAAGGAUUGCUAUGCAGGGGAUAUUUCAGAUUCCCAAGUGUUCCUGGAAGACUGUGUCUCCACGGCUGUCCAUUUACUCACCAUGCAGCACCUCCAAACCAGGCUCAUCCCUGGAGCCCCACUGAUAAGCAGAGCUCAGAAGAAAAUCACUGUAAUCUGUCCUUAAUUCUUGAGUGCCAAGCUAACUCCCAGGAGCAAAAUGGAGAGGAAAUAAUAUGUUACCAAGUAUAGCUUAAAUAAAAACAUACAUUAUUUGGGCUCUUUCUUCUUUGUGUCUCUUCAUAGGCCUAGAAGGGCAAUAGAGCUGCUUGGGUGAAUUCACACAAAUCAUCCCUGUGUAUCAGCACCUCAUUUCCUUACCCCCAGGACUUGCACUCUUUCACAGCCCUUUCUGUUGCAUUCAUCCAGUCAGCAAGGAAAGGUUCAAGGUAAAAAACUGAGACAUUUCUGAAUGAUUGCCAGGCACCACUGAGAGACGAGGAGUAAAAAACCUGCAUGAAGCACAUUCAGCAUGUAAAGGUUAGUGAUGGGUGAAUAUCCAAGGCCAGCUGAAAAGCUCAUAAAAAGAGGACUUAACACUCAGUGCCCCACAGUUCCCAGUAACAGCCAGCAGUACAAUGCAUAUGCUCCAUAUUACAUACACUGAAGUCCAUAGAAAGCUUCACUUUUGCUCCAGUGAGUUUUGGAUCAGGUGCCUCAAAAAAAUAUUUCAGUGCUAUCCUGGUUAGUGCUGAAAAUGAAAUGCUUGCUCAUAUAUGCAUUUAUCUAAUGAUUUGCUUUAUAAGGAAAUCAGAUAUUAUCUGUUUUUUCCCUGAUUUAUGUUUCCCGUUCUAUCUUCCUCCCCAAAUCACUAAUACCCCAAGCCUGUAGCUUUCUUCAGAGCCAUAGCUAGAGAUUGCAAUGCUUUUUAAAACAAAGGACCAACUGCUGGUGCCAGUGGGCUCUGACAAGCUUGCUGUUGACAUUGGUGGGAGAACUGGAGCCUGACAGAAUGCUGCUAGUUAAAGUGCAAAUGUGCCUUGCACAUUUUUAGGAUUUUACUUACAGAAAAAGCCUGGACUACUGCCUCAAUAUAGGCCACAAGAGGGAAAUGAAAUGCUGGUCACCUUUAGUAAAGCACUCCAGAGUCACAGAUCAAUUGUCCUUUCUUGCUAAGGAGAGACUGGGAAUGAAAACAACUGAGGCUCAGAUAGGUUAUCCUCAGGGGGAGGUGGGGAGCGAAAAAAAAUGAAAUCAAGCUGCAGUUGCUUUAAGUCAGACUUGAUGGGCAUUGGUUGAGUUACGUGAGGACAAUCCAAUGACACUCACAGCAUCAGGAGUCUGAGCUGUCAAUCCCUGCCCAGUCUGUACUUUCAUGUCUUUCUUUCACUGAUUAACUCUCCUGCACAAUGGCACAAAACACCCUCCAAACUUUUCUAGAUUAGAGUGUAUAUAUGCGGACACCCUCGCUCCCCUCCUUCCUUUGCCUCACACAAACAUUCAUAUCCCAGGAUAUGGGUAACCUGGAAAUAUGUGCAGAGGGAGUAGAUAGCAAAAUGCAACAUAAUAGUUUGUUUUCUGUCCUUUUGUACUUAGCUCAGGAGUUGCAGUGCCAUUCAGGUGUCUUCUGCAUCUGUGUUAGGUCGUGUAUGCAGAUCACACAUAAAAUCUCUGCUGAAGAGAAGUGGGGAGGCACAACAGAGCUGGUGUGAAUUGGAUACUUGCCACUAGAAAGUAUUUGAAUAUUUAGAGAAGAGCUGCCUGUGUUGUUCUAAUCCCAGAGGUGUAGGAAAAGGAAGCAGCCUAGAUACAAAUACAUGUUUCUUUCUGCCUGCUCUGCCUUUGGCAGGAUAUAUCCAGCAAAAUGGGGGGCAGGCAGCAGCUCACAGCAGUAACAUCCUGAAACACCACUGCAAGACUCCAGACCUCACUACUGGUGCUCUUAAAUAUGGGAUUUCUGCAGACCUACUUCUGCAUCCAGCCAGACUUGAGCUGGCAAUUCUACCUCAGAAAACAGCUGUGCCCACAAGUCCUCACUGAUUUCUAAUGCUACAGACCCCAGCAGUAACCACUUGUGUGGUACAAAUGGGAUGUUCUUUUUGAGCGAGUAAGGCUAAAGGAAAAAAAAAAGUGAAAUCCCAUCAGGAGAGCCUUGGUGUUUGCAAAUUGCUUCUUGCAACCUGCACUUACAAGGUGUUUCUGUAAAACAGAUGGCCAGUGUUCAGAUUGGAGAGAAAAAAUGGCAUCAUACCACCUCCAACUCAGAAAAGUUUACAAUCCCCUUAUGUAGAAACGUUGCUGAAUGAGGGGCAGCGUCGUACUGCCUGAAUCUUAUUUCUGUCCUCUGCUGAGAGCUGUGGUUGACUGCUGGCAUUGCCAUGGCUGCACGAAAUGGGGCUCAGCACUGCAGGGAGCUUCACAUCCCGUGGCAUGGGAAUAGUGCUGCAAAAGGAAUUCCUUUCAAGUGGCCUUGUUAUUUUGCCAACUGGUCAGAACUUCCCAAACAUCAAGUGAUUCUGAUAGAGUCAAAAAGCAGUGUGACCUGCAGGUUUAGCUCUGGUUUCAAGGGGAUGUAGACACCAAGAAGUGUCAGCCAUAUUGGGCUCAGUUUCCUGGGACCAAUUACACAGAAGAACCACAGCUUCCAGUCUCUGUUCAGACAGUGAAUAGCAGUAUAACGCUGAAUGCUCUUGGUGCCAGCAUCAUUUUUAAAAACCAUGCAUGCUCCUAAUUUGCUUAAGCUCCUGUGAAGUUGUGUCUGAAGAAUAGUUUUCAUCUGGCUGUAGAGCAUAAGACUACAUUUUUAUGAAGAGUUUUCUUUUAACAACAUAGAUCAUAAGAAAAAAAAAAUCAGGUAAUCAUAACAACAAAGUAGAAGUGCAGCCUCAGACUAUUGAGCAA